AUGUUCUUUGUUCUGUAUCAGGGUGUGGACAUGGCAUGUGCUGCUGAGGAACCACUGUAGCAUGGAUGUGUCAUUGCGUGCGUGUGGAUGUGUCCCAGCCAAGCCAUUUUACUGUUAUACAUGUGGACACAGCAGCUCAAGGACUACCACUUGAUGAAGCUGACUAUCAUACACAUCAGCCCUUAGCUCCAUACAGACAGACAGUAACAUGAGCUCGUCGUAUGACGUGAAGUCGGGGCUGAAGAUAGCGGUGAAGAAGCUGUCGAGGCCGUUCCAGUCCGUCAUCCACGCUAAGAGGACCUACAGAGAACUACGACUCCUCAAACACAUGAAACACGAGAACGUGAUCGGCCUGUUGGAUGUGUUUACGCCCGCUACCAGCCUAGAGGAGUUCAACGAUGUGUACCUGGUGACCCACCUGAUGGGGGCGGACCUCAACAAUAUCGUCAAGUGUCAGAAACUGACGGACGACCACGUUCAAUUCCUCAUAUACCAGAUCCUCCGGGGUCUCAAGUAUAUCCAUUCAGCAGACAUCAUCCACAGAGAUCUGAAGCCCAGUAACUUGGCAGUGAAUGAGGACUGUGAGCUCAAGAUCCUGGACUUUGGUUUGGCGAGACACACUGAUGAUGAGAUGACGGGUUACGUAGCAACCAGGUGGUACCGCGCCCCAGAGAUCAUGCUUAACUGGAUGCACUACAACAUGACAGUUGACAUCUGGUCGGUGGGCUGCAUAAUGGCGGAGCUGCUAACCGGAAGGACGUUAUUCCCGGGCACCGAUCAUAUUAACCAGCUGCAGCAGAUCAUGAGGCUGACAGGUACACCCCCGGCCUCUGUCAUUAGCCGGAUGCCCAGCCACGAGGCCAGAAACUACAUUAACUCCCUUCCCCAGAUGCCCAAGAGGAACUUUGCUGAUGUGUUCAUUGGCGCUAACCCACUAGCGGUGGAUCUGUUAGAGAAGAUGUUGGUUCUGGACACUGAUCAGCGGAUCACAGCGUCCGAGGCCCUGGCCCACCCCUACUUCUCCCAGUACCACGACCCAGACGAUGAACCAGAGUCUGAGCCAUACGACCAGAGCUUUGAGAGCCGUGAGCUGGAGAUAGAGGAGUGGAAAAGGUUGACCUAUGAGGAGGUUUGCAGCUUCGAGCCCCUGCCAUUCGACGGAGACGAGAUGGAGUCCUGAGGGAACUAGGGUGAAGUCAUUGAUAAUCUUGGUUCUGCCUUCUCCUUCUCUUAUGGAAUUGUGUUGAAGAGGAAGUGGCAUGUAGACAUUGAACUCGGACCAGUUAUGUGUUUCCUCCCCUAAUGGUUUAGGUUAGGAUCUGGGAGUAGGUUGAGCUUAUCUUAGAUCAGAAUUUAGAGGCAACUUCCUCCCAGAGUACACAACCUUGUGUGAGGACUAUCAAAUCUCCGGACUAUUUAACAAACAAACAAAUGGGAAACCACGGCAUUCAAGUGUCUGUCGUCGUUCAUUUCUGGGGUCAUUCUUGGUUUAGAGAUCAAGGGUUAAAGGUGACCGACCCCACCCACCCUCCCGCUUGCUGUAUUAUAUUAUAUUGUCUAUGUUUUGGUCUCUGGGCCGAACUGGGGAAAUUACUUUGUAAUAUUGUAUCUACUGUUUGUGUGUUUAGAAUAUCUGUUAAGUUAGCUUCAGAUUUUCACAUGAUUUGCUAAAAAGUAUCUUAUUUAAUAAAUUCCUGGAAAUGGUGCUCAGUUCAAUAUGGCAAAAACAAUCAACCACAUGAUUUAAUUUAA